UGUGUGUGGUAUAAAUGUAACUAAUGAUGCUGUUCGCAGCUUAGGUAUUUUUAUUGGUCAUAACAAAGACCAAUGCUACAACUUAAAUUGGAUUAAAAUUUAUGAAGAUAUGGAAAAACUGUUUGAAUCAUGGAAAAAAAGAAAAUUAACAAUUUUUGGAAAGUCUUGUGUAGUUAAUUCUUUAGCUUUAUCAAAAUUAAUAUAUGUUGGCUCCAUAUUACCAAUUCCAGACUACGAGUUGAUAAAAAAAUUUAAAAGCAUCUUGGGUAACAAGACUUAGUGAUGAAUCUUGUAUACUGAAUAAAGUCAUAAAUGGAUACCUGAAUGAAAUGAAUAUAGACAUUAAUUAUUUACUUACAUUGUCUGAAAGAAAACUCGAAAACUUUUCACUUAUUUCUCACCUGUCUACUUUUUAUAAAGAAAUAUUCUGUUAUUUCAAUGAAUGUAAAAAGGAAAUAGAAAUAUCAAAUUUAUCAAAUGUCAAAUUUGCACAACAACCACUUUGGAAUAACAUUUUAUACCAAUUUAAAGGUAAAACAAUAUGUUUUAAAAAUUGGAUUGCAAGUAAUAUUUUGUAUACGAAAGAUCUCUUUGAUGAAAAUGGUAACUUUAAAACAUUACAAGAAAUUUCAAAUACUUUGAUAAAUAAAUCUAACUGGUUGUGCGAGUACAAGAUUCUAAAAAAAGUAGUAACGAAACAGAGUAACAUGUUUGAUAUGAAGUGUUGUAUUUUUACCAAGACAACUCCUGUAAAUUCUUUCAAUUUUAACAGUGGUUUAAAUUGUAUUACAGAUAAAAAAUGUAAGUUUUUCUAUGAGAAUAUGUUGUCUAAAAAGUUUAAAUAUCCAUGUUAUCAAUCAAUAUUAGGUCGAAACUUCUGUGUGAGUAAAGAAUACUGGUGUAAUAUUUAUAGAAAUAAAAUCAAACUCAUGUAUGAUAAACGUCUAAGUGAAUUUAAUUAUAAAUUGUUGAAUAAUAUUUUAUGUUGUAAUUCUUUUUUACAAAAAUGUAAAUUAAGAGAAAAUGCAAAAUGUGAAUUUUGUGGAAAUGAAAAUGAAAAUAUAAAACAUCUAAUUUUUGAUUGUGAUAAUGUAAAAGGUGUAUGGCAAAAGUUGAAUAUUGUUAUGAACUAUGAUGUGCAAUGGAAACAUAUUGUUGUAGGAUUUUACUUGGAAACAAAUUCAAGAAUUCGUUUUUAUAAUACUAUAAUAUCAUAUUUGGCAUAUAAAAUAUAUAAAUUUAAAAUGAAAAGCAGAAUAGAAAAUAUUAUACAAGAGAAGUUCAUGUUAGAAAAAAGCAUUAGAUAUUCAUUAGAAAAAGAUAUAAAUUUCAUGUUAAAUUUGUCAAAAACUUGUAUGUUUAAAGACCUAGUCAAACUUUUAACAAAUUUGUUAUAAUGACUUAUUUUGUAAUUUUCUUUUUCUUUGUUGUUUUUAUGUUGGUUAUCCUAAAUACCCGGGUUAACUGGCAAUUGUAAAUGGGUAUUGAUGAAACUGUG